UUCAAUAUUUUCCUUAGUGGUUAUCUCGGUUAGAUCAUCAGUGUGGAAACAUGUUUAACAAAUGUCCAUUUUCACAGUGACAGUGUUUUGACAAUAAUGGGACCAAUAUGUUGUUCUGUUUGGAGUAAAACUCUGUGGGAUCAGUAAGCAAGCUCAGUGGGAUCUGUAGGACGUAUACGUACUACAGUACAGGCAGAAUACAGUGAUCGGUGUUGGAAGUUAGUGAAUCACGUUCCAGACAUCACAAAACUUACAUCAGCUGUGAGAAGAUCUGCCUGUGUUUUUAUGGGUUCUGAUUUUGAUUUGACCAGUGCGAUAAACCUGGAGUUUAACCUGCAGGCAUAACAGUGUACAAGUUAAUUACUGUGUAGCUACCUACCGAACUCUUUGUUGUUCAUGCCCUAUAUUGCAGAUAUGCUGCUGAAGAUCGUUUAUUGAGAGAAUGGCACUGAAGCAACCGGAAAGGUGAAAGGUGUUUGGUGAUUCUGGCCAGUUCAGAGAUUUAGUGUGUUGGUCAAGAAGGGGAUAACUUUGUGGACAUGUGGUCAGGUCAAGGGGAGAUCACUCCCAAUGACCAGGGAGCUGCUGGAGGUCAGGAAGAAGAAGGGGCCAAAGUCACAUUUGAAGAUGGAAGAGGUGACGGAAAGAAAAAGAAGUUAAAACCCUUAGAGAGGAUGUUCAAGUUCUUCAAGAGUGGAAAGAAGCGCUCAAAGUCCAAGGAGAGAGAUCCAAACAUUACGUCUGUAAAAGCCAAGUCUACCAGUGCUCUAUACAAGGAGGUCCCUCACGGGGACGAAGACGAUGAGGAUGGCGGGUUUAAACGUGUGCCUAUGGGAGGGACAAGAAGUAUAUCAGAAGACAGUGUGUUUAAUCCAGAGCAGCGGGAUCUGACUGGCCUGCGCAAAACUGCCGUCUCCAUGGAGAACAUCCAACAAGAUUUCAGGACUGAAUUAUUCAGUAAGUUACGGAAACGACAAAGUACAAUGUCGUCUGAUGAAGAAGAGGAUGAUUAUGGUUUCCAGCAUUCGUCAACCCGUAUGCCUUAUGAUGAGGGCACAUUGACAAGGGGUCGCCCGAAGGUUCUAGUGAUGGAUAGUCAUCGUAUGUAUCUUCCGCCACCUGUUGAAGGGAAACCCGGUAGUCAGGAUUCUAGUCUGGACGCCGAUCUGACUGAGGAUGUUUUCUUCAACACCAACUGGCAGGAGUCUGUAGGAGGCGCACAGUCGAACAAGUCAGCUAGUUCUUCAGGUGCGACAUCAGACAUGGAUUUUAAUGUGGUGAAGUCAGAUUCUCAGGUGCUGGACAGCGAGGCUGCCAAACACAAGAUCUCUGUGAAACCCAGGUCACGCCGAGCUUCCAGUCAACGCACCAGGACUAAACCCUCUGUAGGAGCAAGUGCCUUGCCGCAGCUGAAGGAAGAAUCUCCACCAAAGGAAAUUCCUUCACAGGGAGUAGCCAUAGCAACACCAAAGCCACACGAGGAUGUGAAACCAGUGGAUACGAAGCCUACCAAAGAGGAGGUCAAGGUCACAGAGGUAGAAGCCAAGGUUAAGGUUGCUGAGACUGAGGCUGCUCUGACCAAGCCAGCAGAACAGGAGCCCCUGAUAACGGUUAGGGACAAUAUGACCAGUAUCCAGAUCGUAGGUAAGGAUAAUCCUGAAGCCCGAACAGUCAGUCCCUCCUUGGAGGUUGAUACUGAGAGUGCUAGCAAGCGUCGGAGCAUGACAGAGAGCGAAAAGGACAAAAUGCCUGGUCUACCAGUCAGUCCAGUGGCUCUGGGUGCAGUCAAACUCCGGACCAGGCCUCGUCCAAAGAGUCUGAUCGAGCCUCCACAACUUCCUAAGCCAAGUGGGGAUGAACUAGCUAAGGCUUUCAAUAAACGCCUGUCAGUUCGAAAGGAGAGAUCAAGUGAGGGAUUCUCAGAGGAAGAUUUCUUAGAGGUGAAAAAGGAUUCUAAUGAGGUAACACCUGCAGUGCUGCCAUCUGACCUCAAAAAGACAUCGCCCACAGGUGCUGCCCCCUCCACAGGGGGGAUAACUUAUGUGUUAAAGAAAGAGCCUUUAAGAAAAACAUCAUCAUCAUCAUCAUCAGACAGUGCUAAAACUCAACCGUUAAAGGCUGUUUCUGAGGAACCAAAUAACAAAGACCAGCCAAAGCCAAAACCAACUGAUACCAAAGCUGAGCCUGUGAGGAUUGAGGUGCCUAAAAAAGACAAUGUGCCUCCUUCUGUACAGGAGAAAAGUAAAUCUCUCUCAAACAAAUUAGCUUCACCACGGGAAGAGUACAGACUGAAAAGACAGUCUCGCAGCAAGACAUUGCCUGUACAACCAGUUUCACAGGAAUUCUUGGAUAAAAAAGCCAAUGAUAACACUGCCGCUGCCAGUAAUCUAAGCCAAAGUGUGAAAGAGGAAACACCCGUGAGCAAGGCAGAUGCCGUGUCUUCUGGUCUGUCCAAAAAAUCAGAGCCAAAACGUUCAUCCUUAAAAGAAACAAACAAUGCUGCUGAGCCUUCAUGGUUUGCUAUGGCCAGAAGGAAACAGGCUGAUGCGGAACAGGAGGCAAAGAAUGCUGCCAAGAAGGAAAAUUCUCCUCCUGUUGGGGCUAAAGCUAACCCAUUACCAUCCUCUGGAGGGGCCAAAACAACCCCUUUACAGUCAUCCAUAGGGGCUAAAUCUACACCCUUGCAAUCUUCAAUAGGGACCAAACCUACCCCUGUUCAGUCAUCGGCAGGGCCAAAGCCUACUACAGGACAAUCUUCAGUAGGAACAAAGACGAACCCUUCCACGGGAAUUAAACCAAAGUCUACAGAUAGUCCAAAUACUGCUAGUGCUAGCAAGGAGGGGGCAACCUUGGUACGCAGCUUUAGAGACAAAAUGGCUGACAAGUCAGAAAGUACACCCUUUAACAGGGCAAGUGUGAAAUCCUCAGGGUUCUCUAGUAAGGAAGAAAAGGAGAAAAUUAAUGGGAACAAAAAAGCCCCUGAAACAAAGAAGGAAGCAGAACCCGUGCAAAGAACAUUGUCAAACCGAUCAAAGUUUGAAGCAAAGAGUUCUACACCUGGUGUUGGUAGUCAGGCAUCAACGUCUUCCUCUUCCUCUUCUUCCUCUUCCUCCUCUUCUGUUCCAGCCUGGAAGGCUAAUCUGGCCAAGAAGAAGGAGAAGGAACCAAAAAUCAAAAUAGAAAUCAUUGAGAAGAAAACAGAGAAACCAGUUCCCCCAAAGAAACCCUCGAAGGCCUUAGAGGAGAAAGUCCUGUUGCGAGAUAAACCGGUGGUGGACAACUGCAGUGACAGGAGACAGUCCAAGGUUCUCGACAUGGUUAAGAGUUUCCAGAAACUUGAAGUGAGCUGAUGUACAAACCUUCCCUGAGAAACUAGUGAACAAAAACAUGCCUCUGAGCUGUCAGUACAGACUUACCUCCCCUGAGAGCAAAUUGGGCUGAUCCACUUGCUUCCCAGAAGUUGAAGUGUGUGCUGCACCCCUCUUCAAUUGAUUCAGUGAACUGACCGUGCUAAUUGGGGAUAAUGUAUGAUCCAUGUAGAGGGAGAAUGAGAAACAAUGUAUUCUAACCUCUGCAUUGGAGAACAACGCACCGACAUAUUUUCCUCCCUUCAAGAGGAAUAAGGUUCUCUUUUGAAAAUGAAAGCUUAAAUGCUUGCAUCUUCCUUUUGGAGAGAUAAAAGUGAUAUAUAUGCUGGCCUCUUUUUACAUGGAGGCUAGCUUACUUCCCCUUACAUGGAGAUAAGUGGCCUCGUUUACCUCAGACUGAUUUACCGUCUCUGAUUGUCACUGAUAAGACAAGUUUGGCAUCAGCACACUAUAAGCCAUUAGACCAAACUACUGCAAACUACAUAUAUACAACUACAGCUAUUCAACACAUUCAUGUUCCAGAUUUGAUUUGUGUAAGCUUUUAGUGUUUAAGGUAUUCUAGUGUCUUCUGCCAUAUAUGUUUGAGCCUAUACUAUAAGUCACAUGACUUGAGUAAUAAUACACAAAUCAUGAUUGAUGACAUAUACAAAGGAUUCUAGUUCGAUUCUUUUUCUCAAUUAAAUGGAUGUUGCUUUUAUCGCUUAGAAACAAUGCAAGUUUAAUUCAGGAAAUGAUCAUCAUAUUUAAAAAAAAGUCUUGUUACAGAAGAAAUAAAUGUCUAAAAAUAUAACACAGUGAGCAUGAGUAUUUAUACAUUACCGAUAUUGAUGUUGACCUGGUAACUAUGAUACAAUCUCCAUGGCUUGCCUGUUAGGUCAUUUCUCAUUGGUUGAGUACUUGUUGAUAGUGUAGAUCAUGUGACUUAUCCACAAUUUUCAGUUAAAAAGAAAUGUUUUAGAGUGAAUGUGUUUAUUGUCUUGUGUGAUGACAAAAAACUAAAUUCCAUUGCAAGUACAGAUGCUAUUAUCAAGUUUAUCAGAAGAAAUGUUUGGUGAACAAGAUGAUAAAAUGUCUGCCGUAAGAAAACUCUUGUUAUGCUAGAUAGAUAUGAAGAGUGAACGAAGAAAUAUGUGACGAUGAUGUGAUGACAUUAAAUAGUUGUGAAAUAUAGGCAUUUAUAUACAUAUUUAUUCAUUAUUACCAAAUGUAAUCUAAUGUAAAGAUGUACACCCAUAAAAACAUAGAUCAUAACUUAUGCCUUCUUUAAAUUACUGUUAAGAAAACAGUUUCCCUGCUGUCAAAAUUGUGUAAAGGAUCUCCUUGACAAAACUGAUUUGUUUAUUAUUAGAACACAUUCUUGAUAAAAAAAAAAAUACAUAGAAGACAAUAAUACCUGUAACUGAUCAAUAUUGUGGGGAAUAAAUUUGUAAGAAAAAUUCAACUUUGACAAAUCCAUAAUCACAAAUUAACAUUAGAACCUUUUAGAUGUGACUAAUUUUAUUGAUGUUACUUAAU